AGGUGAAAGGUGAGCGCGAGCAGCGCUCGCAACACUCGCUUAAGGGGGGAAUAGAACAAACUGUCGUCAUUUACUGUGGCCGCGACGAAACGCUAGACUUUCGCGCUCGUUCGUUCGAACGGUUCGGGUUCAUACAUUCAUUCGACCAUGGAGAAGCAGGCGUUCGUGGCCCCCGAGGAGGAGCGUACCUUCCAGUACCAGGACUCGCUGCCCCCGCUGCCCGUGCCCCCCCUGGAGAAGUCGCUCGACAAGUUCCUGGAGGCAGUGAAACCCUUUGCGACCGAGGCCGAGUUUCGUGCCACCAGCGCCAUCGUACAGCGCUUCGGUGCCGGUGUCGGCAAAGUGCUCCACCAGAAACUGCUGCAGCGAGCCAAGUCCAAGAGGAACUGGCUUGAGGACUGGUGGCUGGACACGGCGUAUCUGGAGGUCCGCAUUCCCUCACAGCUUAAUGUGAACUUCGGGGGUCCAACACCCUACCUGGAACACUGCUGGCCACUGCUGGAUGGCACCCAGCUGGAGAGAACUAGCAUUAGCACAUGGCACACGCUGCAGUUCUGGGACCUCCUCCGCAGGGAGAAACUGGCUGUCCACAAGGUUGGAAAUAGGCCACUUGAUAUGAACCAGUUCACCAUGUUGUUCUGCACCUGCAAAGUGCCCGGCGUGACCAAAGACACCCUGUGCUCUUACUUUAUGCCAGAGAGCAAAGGUCCAUGUCCAUCCCACCUGGUGGUCAUGUGCAGAGGGAGAACCUUCACUUUUGACACCGUUUACGAUGGAUCCAUCCUGACCCCUCCUGAACUCCUGAGACAGUUCACCUACAUCAGGGAGACCUGUGAUCGGGAGCCAGUAGGAGAGGGGGUCUCUGCCCUGACUACAGAGGAGAGAACUCGCUGGGCAAAGGCCCGGGAGUAUCUGAUCAGCAUCGACCCCAAAAAUGAGGCUAUACUGGAGACGAUUCAGAGCAGUCUCUUUGUUGUAAGCCUGGAGGACGCCAAGCCGUACGCCACUCCUGAGAACUACACACCGCUGUCUCUGGAGGCUUUGACUGGAGACCCGACCAUCCGCUGGGGAGACAAGUCUUACAAUUGCAUCUCUUACGCAGAUGGGUCGUUCGGCUCCAACUGUGACCAUGCGCCCUAUGAUGCCAUGGUACCAGUGUCCCUCUGUCACUACGUCGACCAGCAGCUGAAGGCCAGCGGAGGCAGGUGGGAGGGUUCCAAGGUGGUGCGCAGCAUUCCUCUGCCUCAGGAGCUCGUCUUUACGGUGGAUGACAGGGUCCGUAGUGACAUCGCUCUGGCCAAGCAGCAGUAUUCUGAGGCUGUCCGGGACCUGCAGCUGGUGUCCUAUGCCUUCACGUCCUUCGGGAAAGCAGAACUCAAGAAGAAGAGGCUGCACCCGGACACCUUUGUGCAGCUCGCUCUGCAGCUGGCCUACUACCGGCUGCAUGGCGCGCCUGGCAGCUGCUAUGAGACGGCGACCACGCGCCAGUUCUACCAUGGCCGCACGGAGACCAUGAGGUCCUGUACCCUGGAGGCCCAGCACUGGUGCAGGAGCAUGCUGGACCCGACAGUUAAUAUGGACACCAAGAGGAAGAGGAUGGAGGCAGCUUUCAGCAAGCAUAACCAGCUCAUGGCGGAUGCCCAGAACGGGAGGGGCUUUGACCGGCACCUUCUGGGCUUGUCCCUGAUUGCCAAAGAGGAAGGACUUCCUGUGCCAGAGCUCUACACUGACCCGCUCUACUUCAAGAGCGGAGGAGGGGGGAACUUUGUCCUGUCCACCAGCCUGGUGGGCUACACCUCUUCGCAGGGGGCUGUCGUUCCCAUGGUUAAACACGGUUACGGGUUCUUCUACCGCAUCAAAGACAACAGGAUCGCGGCCUCCUGCACGGCCUGGAAGUCCUGCGCAGAGACGGAUGCGGAGAUUCUCUUCCGGAACUUCCGUGCCUCCUUACAGGAGAUGAUGCAGCUGGCCAUCUUGUCCCAACUGUAGACCUCGAACCCGCUCAGCCAUCUGUUGGAAUCAAGCACACAGCAAUGCAAAUCUUCAUGCAGUAACAAUGCAGGCAGAGUCAUUUUUAUAUCCUUUUUUUCCAUACCUCUCCAGAAGAGGUUUCUGUGUAAUUCAAAACGUACAGUUUUCUUUAUAAUGUCACACUAAUAUAUGGAAUGUUUCUCUUUCUGAGGUGGGUUGAUUCAUGGCAACCAAGGUGCUAAUUUGGAAAGGGGCGUGCAGUCAAACUGAGCUGUCUUCGAGAAGGAAUAUUUUCACUGAGCACAUAAGCUAAUCAUUUUUAAUGACUAUUAAUCUGUUGUCUUUGUAUUUCUGCACGAAAAUCUCAGUACAUUACACUUUAACAGUGAAUAGUGUUCUAAAUGACAUUCACCCUCUACUCAUUAAAUUGUAAGCAGACACAUUCCUUGUCAUUUUUUGUAACCUAAAUCACUGUGAAAGAAUAUAAACUAUUGCUGGUCCCGUUUUUGUAUUUACAGUUGGUCUGGAUGGUGACUCCUCUACUCAUGGUGAUUUCCAUGGCAACUGCUGCAAUUAAGCUACUGUAAUUGAGUCUCCAUUCUAUUAGGAAAGAGCCGCAAGGUUGGCUCGUGUUGCUUUAAUGGAUGACUUUUAGGAAAUGAUCUUUUUUUUUUUUUUUUAAUGUAAAAGCCUCUGUGAAGCACUGUUUAGAGAUGGGUUGUUGUCAGAAAACUGCAUAGAAACAGUACAGAGAGGAGUGGGAGGGAAUUUUAAUGGUAAAAGAUGUUUUUGACUGCCUCAUGUCUGUGAAGUCAGAGCAGUUGUUUGAUAACAUUGCUAAAGUUUAAACCUUUUAAAAAUUUAAAAUGUUAAUUUCUGCAUGAGUGCAGCUGCAGCUUCUUUAACCACCUUGGGGGGGACCUGUUCUCUGUACCUUGGCAGUCUUUUCCGUCUUUUGUGGGAGAGUUUUUCUAAAACGCUUCCCCCCCAGUCAAUAUGAUCUGAGUUAACAUGACACGGAGAGAUGGUAAAAAGGUUGGUGUACCAUACUGGAGUAACUGUAACCAAGAAACGAGAAUCUCUUUAUUAAACUGUUUUAGUAUUAAACACUUUGAGCUGAAAUUAAAUGUGCUGCUUUGCUCUGGCAGAAUUUAACAUUGUGAUAAGGUUAAUGAUUUUUAGUACUUACUGUGAUAAAUCUGAUUUCAUUUUUAAAGUUCUGAAAAUGAAACUGAUGGAUGGCUGAGGUGUUGCACUUGAAACUGACAAAAUAAACAUUCAUAUUUUUACAUAAUAUGCAAGAAAAAUCCCUCAAGUGGG